AUGACGCUAUCCGCCACGUCCCACGCCGCCGCCUCUCCGGCAAAGCAGAGCCUGUCUCCGCUCGAGAGCGAACCCGCCUCGACUGAGCUCGACCGCAUCCUCCCGCAAGCCGUCGAGCUCGUAAAGCAAUUUGUCCGCUCCGGGCAGGACCCAGAGACGUUUGUCACGCCCUGGCCCUCGAUUGCCGCGCUGCGCCAAAAUGUGCAGCUCGACCUGCCGGACGUCGCCGCCGCCCCGCGCGGUGGCGAGGCCACCGAUGCGGCGCUCCUCGACGCCAUCCGCCUCAUCCUCGACAACAGCGUCAACCCGUGGACCGGACGCUUCCUCGACAAGCUCUACUCGGCGCCUACCCCCGUCGGCAUCUGCGCCGACCUCGUCCUCUCGACGCUCAACGCCAACGCCCACGUCAUGUCCGCAUCGCCCAUGCUCUCUCUCGCCGAGGAGCGCUGCGUAGAGGGCCUCUGCCGCGUGUUUGGCUUCACAGAGACCAAGCCCGAUGGCCUCACCAUGCCCGGAGGCUCCUCGGCCAACACCCUCGCCGUGCAGACCGCGCUGGCCAACAUCUUCCCGCCUUUCCGCGAGCAGGGCCUCCUCGGCGUCGCAGCCUACCUCGCCGAAAAGCACGGCCGGACGGGCAGCGCCGCCCGCCCGCUCAUCUUCACCAGCGACCAGAGCCACUACAGCCUGGACAAGGCUGCCAUCUCGGCCGGGCUGGGCCUCUCGUCGAUUGUCAAGGUGCCCUGCGACGAGACGGGGCGCAUGGAUCCCGAGGCCCUGUCGCGCCUCCUCGAGUCGGCCGUGUCGAGCGGGUCCGGCUCGCCCUUUUUCAUCAACGCCACCUCGGGCUCGACGGUGCUGGGCUCGUUUGACCCCAUCCCCGCCCUCUCGGCGCUGGCCAAGCGGUACGGCUGCUGGCUCCACAUCGACGGCUCGUGGGGCGGGCCCAUCAUCUUUAGCCCGACCGAGGCCUUUGCGUCGCAGAUGGCCGGCUCGCACCUGGCCGAUUCGAUCACCAUCAACCCGCACAAGCUGCUCAACGUGCCGCUGCAGUGCUCGUUCCUGCUGGUGCGCGACGCCGCCAGCCUCGGCGCCAACUCGCUCGACGCCGGCUACCUCUUCCACAGCAAGGACGCACGCGAAAACGCCGCCAUGAAGACGAUGGGCUGCGGCCGGCGCGGCGACGCCGUCAAGCUCUGGCUCUACUGGGUGCGCUACGGCAAGCGCGGGCUGGGCGAGCACGUCGAUGCCGGCCUGGCGCUGGCCCAGCGUGUCGUCGACUACAUCCGCACCGAAAAGGCCGAGACCAUGGAGCUGGGCCCGCUGGCCUCGCCCCUAUUUCUGCAGGUCUGCUUCCGACCCAAGCCCAGGCCGGGGCAGGGGCGGGGGGAGGCGAGCAUCGAGCAGAGGUCGGCGGCGACGCGGCACACGCACCGCGAGCUGCAGCAGCGGCGGAGGUUCGCCGUCGACUUUGCGCCGCUCCCGCGCGGCAUUGGCGAGUUUGUCCGCCUCGUCGUCCACCCGCGCACAAAGUGGCACGACCUCCAGGAGCUCAUCGACCAGGUCGACGACAUCGGCCAGGCCUACUGGAGCCAGGCGAGCGUCUAG